UGAAUGGUUCGAAAUGUGAAAGAAAGCUGGACAAAAACAAAUCUACCUCUGGGGUAUUUUACUCCAGUUUAGUUCGCUUUGAUGCUUUAAGUCAAAGUAACAGAAGAUUUUGGAAGAAAAUGGCCUGCACGGACUGUUCUUUUACUUUAGAAAGCUGGAAGUAUCAUCUGAAUUUAAGUGGCUUUCUGCCAUGGUUUUGACAUUUUGCAUGUUGAACGCACGUUUUGCAAGUUGAAGUACAAUAUGGUGUUUAACGAAUCAAAAUUAGCUUGUAUUGGGCGUAAUAGAUGCGCGAAGCUUGUACAAGAGUGAUAAUCAUUCAUGGAAGACGCAAAAGUGGAAAAUUCUGUGUGUAAUGUGAUUCCUGUGACCGAGUACGAUCCAUUCGAGGCAAAGUUUGCAGCUUCCCUCUUCUGGUUAGUGUUUCGUGCCACUGAAGAUGGAGAGUUUGAAAAUAUCCCCUCUCAAGUUACCAGUCCUAUUCAGCGAGAUUCAGAGAAGCGUAUAACUGUUCGUCCAGAGGUGACAGAAUUCCUCACCAAAGGUGAGAUCUAUUGCCAGGUAUGCAAUAGUAUCUUUCACGGAAAAGCUCCUGUAGUGGGCCAGUGGGCUGUUCUUCAGACCCUGUCACGUCAUGGAUUUUAUGUGGUGGAAGAAGGUGACAUUGCUGUCACAGAUUCUGCUUUGCAGCAGAAGAAACCAUUCAGAAAGUCAACCCAUCUUGCUCUGAUGGACUGCCUCAUGAAUGCCUUCUCUGCACAGGCUGUUAGUGUUCCAGAAGUUGUGCAAUGUGUCAGUAAGUUUUCAUCAUUCAAUGCUUCUAAAGAGCUUCCCUUUGAUCUGGAGGAUGCACUGCUUCUGUGGAUUAACAAAAUCUCAACAGUGUUGAAUGAAAAUCAACUGAAAAAGCAGAAGCACCAUGCUGAACAACUUCUGCAGAACCAAGACAAAGCCAAGCGAUUCAGGUUUCGCCGUGAUCAACUCCAGCCAAAAGUACAGACAGUAUUUCCUUUAAUGGAAGAACUUUUGAAAGAUAUCAGCAAUGGAAAAAGUUUGCUUGGAAUUUUAAUGUUCUACCAUCCAACCGUGAUUAACAUUGAAGAUGUGCGCCUGGAGAAAAAUCUUGCAACAGGUGAUUGUGUCCACAAUCUAGACUUAUUCCGCUCUCUUUGCAGUCAAUUCAUUUGCACUUCUGUCCUCGCUUUAAAAGUUGAAGAUUUACUGUAUGGAUCACAAGCAAUGAAGCCUAAUGUUAUCGCACUUCUAGCUGAGGUAUUCCAGAAAUGCAAAGUAGAAUCAAUGUCUGAAAACUUUGUUGUUUCAAAACAGACUUCUAAGUCAGAUGCUGACUUACGGCACAUUCUUGCUAACAAAGAAGAUGUGACAGAUACUAAGUGUUCCAGUGCACCAGUCUUAAACUCUGAUGAAAGUAAAUAUGCUUAUGGGGGUGCAAGAGGAUCCUUAAAGAGUAAAAUUGAAAGAUCAUCAUCGUUGUCUGGCAAGUUAACUGGCUCUGCAUUAGAUGCUGUUAAACAGGAGGACAGUUUUGUGAAGAAAUUGCAAAGUGAUGGUCAAAUGAAUUCAAACAGUCGACUGUCAUUUAAGUCAUCAUUUCAUCUGGAUUUUACUGAUGAUUAUAAUGGCCAACAGCCCCCUUUGAAUGGGUCACUACCAAAUCAGGGUGAUGAGAAAGACAAUGAAAGAGUAAAAGAAAAAGAAAAUCCAUUCACUGGAAUACUUCAGAGGCCUGUUCUUGCAGGUGAUGCCAGGAAACACGGUAGCCCCCACACCACUCCUAGGCAAGAGGUUCCACUCUUGAUGCGACGCAACAAACAGAAGCAAAGAACGCUUGAUUUGGAAGACUGGGACAUGCAACAAGGAGUUGGAGUAGUAGAAGAUAAAAGUAUACUUCAAAGAUACUUACAAGAACUGCAUCUCAAUGACUUACAGCGUUCCCAGUCACUGACUGGUCUUGAUAAAGCAAAGGUAGAACCCAGGCAGUCAUUCCAUGCUUGGCAGGAGGACACUGUGGCAAGUUUGUCGGACACCAACCUGGCUUCAAGUAGGGGUGAGAGAAUAUCACUUGACUUUAGACCAAACCCAACAGCAAGUGUUCCUCAGAGGAGUAUUGAAGGUGGUGCCCCCCAGAGGGGUAGCCAGGGGACUCAUGUGCCAAUGAAGUCCUCAAAAGCUACCGGUGAAGAAUAUACAUCACAGGACAGCCUGUUGUCCAGUCCUAAGUCAACAGACUGUCUGAAUAUGAAACCACUUGGAGAUCAGCUGACGGAAAGAUGGAGUUCUUUGCCUACAGGUGUUCGCGACAGAGGUGUGCGUGACAGAGAUGUGCGUGACAUAGAUGUGCGUUACAGAGAUGUGCGUGACAGCUGUAUGAGCGACAUCUCGACUAAAGAACUGAAACAGUUUGAGGAGAUCGAGGCCAUGAUUCUUGAAGGAAGAAGUGUUGAAACUCCUCGCAGGUUCGAAAAGCCGAGCAAACUUCCCUAUGCGUCCGAAUCUCAAGAUGACGACGAUGAACUUAACAUGAGUGUCAGUAGUGAGGACAUGAACAAGUUUAGACUGGAAGUAAUGCAGCGGCUCACAGAGGACAAGUUACGAGAGAUCCCAGAUGGACCGGUAAUAGAGAUGGAAGACGAUGAUGAUCCUAUAAUGCUCGCCCGCAAUAAUGCGGCCAGCAGUCCUGGGAAUCCUACGGAGCGCACGCGCCUUGAUGCUCCAGACAUGCCAAAGGAAGUUCCAACGGAUCAGCUGUCCCCGAUAACGGAGGCGACGGAGCCUUGUCCGUCUAUCGCGUCAAAUCCAAACUCGGCGUCGAAUUCCACCGCCCCCAGCAGCCCGUGUUCGCCUUUAGACGUUGCGCCGUUUAUGCCUGCGUUUUUUACAACCUCCCCUGCGAAUACGUUGGAUAGAAAGAUGCAACGAUUUAGUCUGAAGGACAGAGACAACACUUUGGUUGCUAAUGAAGAUGAAGAUGAAGAUGACGGCUUUUUUGGUAAUCCUGAACCUAGUGCCACGCCCAGAUUUAACAAAAGCGGGGAUUGUUCAUCCAGGAGUAAGUCCUUCGAACAGCUUACACGUGGUAGCUACACUGUGGGUCACGUGCCUGUGGAAACGGCCAAAGCGGCUGGUAUCCCUGUGAUUAACGCAAGCACUGAAGAAACUCGUCCCAGGGCGGACUCAAAUCCAGAACUAAACGGUGUUUUACCGGGUGGAAAACUCAGUCAGAAAGAAACUGAUGCGAGUCAGGAUUUGUCUGCAUUUCGACCGUAUGUGUUGUCCUCUAAUGAGGACGAAAUGGGAGAGAUGUUUGCACCCGAAGGCGUGGACGGGAGGCGGGACUCCCUUGAGACUUCGCCCGCGCAUUCACCCGCACCCGUUAUAAUCCGUGGGAAACGGGAUGACACUCGACCGGAAGCUGUUCUCCGAUCUCGUGAUCUUCAUGCACUGGACAGUCCGGGAGAUGUGGUUAUUUUCGAACGUUCUUUGUCGAGCUCGCACGAGACUCGGGAAAAUGCUCCAACUGAAAACUCGAAAGAACAGGGCAACGAAAGCGCGCAGACACAUUCCACAUCUGUCCACCGAUCAAAGAAAGCGGAAGCGUUCGUGUUUGAUUUUGAUCAAGGUGUUGUGCAGAAUUAUGAAAAUAACCUUGCCACGCAAGACUAUGGAACUUAUAAAAAAGGCAAACAUGGUAGUAUUGGUGAUGGCAACACUUCAAUGAAGGGCAACCAGGUUCUUAAUAGGUCACAGGGAGACCACUUUGCAACAUUCAGCAGAAACUCUCCGAGAGGUACACAAGAUCACAGACCUCCAAGCGAGCAGCAACAGGAAUUAGCCUUUAGUCGUGAAGGAAGUGUUGGUAUGAAAGAUCUCCGAGCCUCUGACGGAUUUUCAACGUACAGGAAAAAUUCUUUACCUGAAAAGAAAGCAAAUGAUGCGAAUGGAGUCUCUGGAACAGUUGGCAGAAGCUGGGAUUUGCGGAGGUCAGACGGUUAUUCAACUUUCAGGAAGGAGUCAAUGCCUUCUUCAGCAGAAAGUACGUUGGCGAAGUAUAAUAUGGCCUUCAUCCAAGGUCAGAGAGGGAACGACACUGAUCCAUUUUCAACAUUCGCCAAAUCUGCCCAGAGACAGGAGAGUAACCAACAUCGCCAUCAAGUCGAAUUAAACCACUUUCCUGAACAAGAAUCAACAUCAGCUGUUUUUAGAGGACCUACCUCGAGCAGGGAAGGGGAGACUGAGAUUGACACCGUCCCCAGAGGGGGAGAUGAGGAGCCAGUUCGCUCACCUGGUGCGUCAAACAUUUUGAGGUCCCGAACCUUUCGAAAAACAUCGAGUGGUCAAAUCGUGGAGGAUGUUAGUAUUGGUGCAAGGAGUUCUCCAUUGCAUAACGAGUUACGUUCUUCAACAAAAAAUGACAGUAAACCUACUGGACAGCAGACUGUAAACACACACAUCCGGAAUAGCUCAGAGGGAACCGGAAGUGAUAAUCCACACCGGAUCAGUUGGACGGAUGAUCAGGAGGCUGGGGCGAGACUGAUCAAACAGCUGAAUGCCAGUAAAGAAAUGUCGGAAAAUAAUGACAGUGGUAGUCCUAGAAGGCGUGGUAGCCCCAGACAUACAGGCCGCGGGAGCCCUGGAGCGAGAAUCAGUUGGCUAACUGCAGCCCGGAGUGGUGUAGGGGGACAAGUCAUGUUGAACGACAAAGGUGAGAUUGAAGAGCCGGAACAGAAUGAAGCUGAAGAAGAACAAGCUGUUACGUCGCAGAUCGCCUAUCUGCGCAUGCAGUUGGAGGAAAAACGGCGUCAUAUCGAGGCAGAGAAACAUCGAGCCCAGGCCGAGUGGGAAGACCAGCGACGGAGAUUGGGACAGACUGCCUUUUGGUAUGUUAUUGGAAAGGCGCAAGGAGGUCCGGGCGUUGGAGAAGGGACUGGAAAUGAGGCAGUGCGUCCGGAGAAGGUUCCUGUUAUGACGCCUCAUUCCCACGAAACUCCGAGAAAACCUGUGUCCGAGUUUCCCACUCAGUCUUCGCCUCCCGUCGCCUGGUCAUCCCCAGCAAACUCUCCGCUGCCUGCUAACGCACUAGAGUCCAAUCCUCCCAAUGGCGCAGGGCUUGAGACUCGUGAAUUUCGUCUGUCUGAUUAUCCACCUUUUGACAAUCAGGGAACAGCGCGCCCGUCAUCCCAGCCAGCGGUUAAAGUCGGCUCAAGGCCCACGCCGGGACCACCACGUCCAGCUUCACACGAACCAGCGGCUUCCCGCCCCAGUCCCACACGAAAAUGCUGGGAUGUCAACGUGGGGCUAGUACCUACCCCUUCCCCCUUGGUGCAUCCUGACGCGGAAUCCGACGCUAAAGAAGAUUCAAACAACUUUGGAGGUACGGGAGAGAUUGAGGUCGAGGUCCACACCCCUCAGAAGAAAGGAAUGGCGAUGUUUAUCAGCGAUGAUGAUAAUCCUGCACCGCAGGGGUUGACUCCGGAACAACAACGCAAGCGGGAGAGGUUUAUGAAGGCUCGACAAAAGAAACAGGCAGAAGAAAAGACACGAAAGGAGGCAGAAUUAGAGAAAAAGAGACGGAGGGAAGAAAAACAACGCGAGAAAGAAAUGCUUCUAAGAUUGGAGGAGGAGAGGUUACGUCAAGAGGAAAUAGAACAACGAAAAGCCGAGCAGGAACUGAGACUUAAAGAGGCUCAGGCUCACCCCGCGCGAAUCCCAGACUCCUAUGCCACUUAUCGUCGCCCAGGCCCCCAGCAACAUGUAUAUGACGUCAAUGACGAUACCUCCACUUACUUAGCAACAGCCCCCUCGCAACUUUCCGGUUUUGCGGAAUUCAGUGGGCCGCAGUGUUACGUAAAGCCAAGCGGAAAGUCGAAUAGAAAAAUUAUCGUGAAUGCCAUAUCUCAUGUGUGUUUGUCAGGCACAGUGAACCAGGAUCAGAAAGAAAAAUGUUUACAGGCUAUCUCAGAAAACGACGGCCAUCACUUUAUGAUUUUAUUCAAAGACGGACUGAAGUUCCGUGGGAUAUAUGUCCACAACCUUGAAAACGAUCAGUUGUUCAAAAUCUUUGGAAUAGGACCUCGUGUUAUCACAAACAAAAUGAUUGAAAGUCUAUACAAGUAUAACAGUGGAGGAAAAGAAUUUACAAAGAUUCCGUCCAAGACUCUAUCCAUCUCUGUAGACGGCUUUGCGAUCCAGAAAUCUUGUUGGAAUACUGGUAAACCUGUAGUACAAUCCAAGACGUCAUCCAACAUGAAGAGACCUCCCCGACCCCCGCAGAGAUGAAAUACCUCCCCUGUACUACUACUCUAGGCGUUUUUAAUUCCGGAGGGGGAUGAUCAUGUAAAAAAUUAUUUACGUUCUUGUUGCGUUUUGUUCCAUCCUUUCGUGUUUUUUAGGUAGCUAACAUCGUCAAUCUUCAACUUGUGAGUUCUGAAAAUAUUCACACUAGAAUCUUAGGAUCGUCGUUGAAAGGUGUUCCUCUAAAAAACAUCUGUGGGCCGUUAAAAAAAUGAAGAAACAUUUACGUUGAAAAUACCACUCACCAUAAAAAGCUACCUCUGAGAAACAUUCAUCAUCUCCAUGUCGAAUUUCUUGUCGCCGAUAUGACGUCAGCAGUGAAGGUCACGUGGGAUGUUGACUGCACGAUUCACUUACCGCUUGCAAGGUCAAAAUAGUAAAACUUUUAGUGCUUGUAAGAUCGUUAAAUUGCUCAAAACAUACCUUUUGUCCCUCCCCAAAUGAGAGAGGAAGAGUCAUCCUUUGCUACACACAAGCAGUGAUCAUUUUAAACCAGAACGCACCGGCAUGAACUUAGUUUCGACAAGCGGGAAAAAUUGCACGCAAUUAAAAGAGGAAUCAGUAAGGAAGUAACGGUUCACAAAAAAGUUAGAAAUAUUUAUUGCUUCUAUUUAUCAAUGAAGCUAUUUAAAAUACAGUAUGUUAUUGUUAAAAGUUACUUUGACAGAUGUUUUCUGACAGAGGUGAAUUUAAGUAUUUUUAUUGGUUACUUACUAAAAGGUUAUAUACCCGGUUUGAGAACAAAGUUUGUGUGGAAAUAUUCCACUUAAGUGUUAUAUGUUUGAGAAAGAGCAAUAGAUCUACGAAGAAAAAGAAUUAAAAGGAUAUAAACUGUU